AUGGCGCCUCCCCUGGUUUCUUCGCUCCUUCCGGAGUCCAGCCCCAGGCACGAGGCUGAGGAGGCGGCUGCGGCUCGCGAGGUGACCGGCAGCGAGGUCUGCGGCUUCGCUGCGGGCUCGGAGGCCUCCUGUCCCGUCUAUGGAGCCCACUGCGGCGCGCCCUCCCCCGGAGAGGGCGAGGAGGUCAAUCGACUCGCGGCCCUGAUUCGCAGCGUCGAAAGCGGGCGCCCGUCUGCGUACCGGCGCGCGGUUCGGGGCUUGGCGGCGAAGCUCCGGCUUUACGAGGCCACGCGCCGCGGGUGCCGCUGCACCCGCGCCCCGACGACCGGCGCGUCGAAGGGCCCUUUCUCUCGCGCGUCGGUCUCACCGGAAAGACGCGACUUUGAAGGAGAAUCUGACGCGCAGGGAGGCGCCCGGCGCGAGGCGCAGGGGGCGGGCGAGAGAGGGGAUGUCUGUCCGGCGACGGGCGCAUCCUGCGAGAACGACGCCGAUGCCGCGAACGCCGCGCUUCACAGACACGCAGGAAGGGUGCGGGCAGGAGACGCAGGGGGCAGCGGCGAAGGCCCGCGGGGGGACAGGCAACCCCCGCCGCGGCGGGACGCUGUCUCCGGCUGCGACUCGCCCGUGUGCGCGUCGCGCACGUGGCUGCACCACGCGCUGGCUGCCGCGCUCGCUCGCCUCGUCCAAAGAGGCGUGGAAACAAACGGCCUCGCCGCGACCGCCGCAACCGCUGAAGUCGCCCGUGACGACGAGGUGGCGUUGGGGGCGCGAGAAGAAGAAGAGAACCAGGACGCUCUGCUGCAAGGCCUCCAACUCGUCAAAGCGCUCUGCGAGAUGGACUCGCAGUAUCUCCCGGCCUUCCACGGCCUGGGGAUGGUCGCGCACCUGAACAGGCUCCUCUCGCGCCUGUUGGAGGCGUCGAGAAGAAGUCAGGCUUCCAGGGUAAACGACGUGGAAACUCUUUGCAGUCCGCCGUUGUUUCGAACUCCACACCCCGCCCUCGCGCCCACCGUGACUGAAGUCCUCCAGACUUUGCUCACUCUGUCGCCUGCGCGAGACCCCGCGAGGGCCCUGGUGUCUCCUUCCCUCCUCCUCUGUACAGCCCCGUCGGGCGCGAUUGGCGCCAACCGCAUGUGGGCCCAGGGCGCCGCAAAUGUACAGGCGUAUCCCACGCCUACGGGAGGCUGCGCCGGCGCGAGCGGCGCGGGCGGCGCGUCCUCCGCUGUCUCCGAUGCCUCCGCCUUCGCCGAAGCGCCUCGCCUAGCCGCGGCUGCGUUCCCAGCGUCGCGCGCGCCCGCGCAUCGCGAUAGCCACCCGCCUCUGCCUUCGGAUGGUGCGCCUCCACCCGCGGCGUCGCAGGGGCCCUCGCCCUGCGCUCUGCCGUCGACCGGCUCGAGCGCGGCUCCCUCGCGCGCAGGCCUGGCGGAGGCCCGCGGCCUCGGCGCCCGUGCGGAGUGGGGGGCCGCCCGCCCCGAUGAGUUCCUCGCCGGCAACGGCAGUCGCAGCGCGGAGAGGGGGGGAGAUGCCGGCACUGCGGGACAAGUGUCUCUAUGCGUGGCGGCUCGCCCGGCGCCGAGGAGUGUGGUUCCCGCUAUCGUCCACGACCCGCGGAUUCUCGCCUGUCGCCCCGAAGACUCUCGCCGCACAUCGGGCUCUUCGACCCCGCGGGGCGAGACCCGCGACAGCAGCCCGCGAGCCCCCAGGCGGGCCCUCCGCGCCCUCUCCUCUCCGUCGGCUGCUGCGACGCCCUCCUCGGCCGCCUCUUCGUGCCCCGUCUCGCCCCUUUUUCUCAAAGUGCCCGACAGCUCGUUCACUCUGUGCGCGGUCCCUGCACCUGCGUCGCCGGCUACCUACGGCGAGCGUGGAGACAGGGCACUCGAGCAAGAAGGCGGGGCCUUGCCGGCCUCAGAGUCUCGCGGCUACCUGCGACUGGAGCAGCCCUCUGCGGGCGUCUCGCCCCGUACCUCCGCACUUCCAGCUUCGGCGGAGCCCUCCGCCUCUCCGCUAUCGCCUCGCCGGGCUCGCGCAGCGUCGCCUGCCGCGGCCCGCGGCGCGGUCCUCGGGGCGGAGGGCGGGCUCGGGAGGCGGGGGGAGGCGACGGCCGGUUUAGACGCGGCUGCGGACUCGCUGAGGAAGCCUCGCGGCGUAGGGGGGCGCAGAGCGUGCGACGAACGCGGAGAAAGAGGGCGCGCCGCUCGCGACUGGAGAGGCUCGCAGACGCGCUGCGCUGGCGAGGAAGCCAGUGAGACGCGGGGCGUCCACGCGUCUGACGUCGAGCUCCUGCAGAGUCUGUGCGAGGCGUUCUCUGCGCCUUCCUUGCCUUCUGCGGACGCCAUCCGCCUCGCGACGUGUCUUCCUGUCGAUGUGCUUCCUGACCUGCAUCCCGUCGCGCGGCUCGCUGUUUCCCGCUCUCUCUGGCGUCAGCACGAGAGACUCGCUGCGUCGCCCUGGUCGCCCUCGUCAUUCAGCUCGUCACCGGCGUCUUCUUUGUUCUCCUUUCGCGCCCUCGCGCCCUCUCAACUCAAGAGGCGAAAGCAGGCCCUCGCGCUGGCCCCGCCGGCCUGUCUCCUCCAGGCCCUGGGUCAGGCGCUGGCGAACGCCGGAGACGCCCUAGAGGAGACAGGGGGCGGCGGUGUGGGGUUCGCCUCGGUGUCUCUGUUUCGCCAGGCGAGCGGAGAGGGGCCGCAGACCAGCUGGCUGCACCUCGGCAGCGUGAGAAGACGAAACGGACACGAGAAGGAAUGCAUUCCUUCGCUUCUCCGCGCCGCAAACGCCACACUCGAAAAUUUGAGGGAGGUUUUAAGUGUCGCCUCGUGUGCCUCGCCUCGGGGCGGCGGUCUGCCUCUCGCGGGGCAACCGGUCGUGCCCUUCUCAGCUGCCUCCGUGUCUCCUCGCACCUCGGCGUCUUCUCCCCUGCGCUGCGGCUGCUGCGCGGACUUCCCCUGUCGCGCGCUGCUUGCCUCGCUGGUGACGCGGGCCUUCGCGUCGGCGCUGACGGAGCCUGAGGCCCUGCCGCAAAUCCGCCGCCUCCUCGCGCUGUGUUUGCAGGUUCACCGCCUCUUCCUGAAGCGCCUACCCGCAGAGGAACCGCGGCCUUCGUCGCGCCUGGCGGCCGGCGAUGCGGCGCCCGCGGAGGCCUCGGAGUCUCCCGCUGAGGAGAGGCCGUCGCUCUUUGCGGCGGAGGAGGCUGCGCACGUCGGCGCGCUCUUGCGCAGAGCGGCAGAGAGGUAUUUCCCGCAGGAGCGAGACCGAUUCGCACCGGUCGCCGAGGCAGCGACGGCGACGACUGUCUCUCGGCGGAAGAUCGCAGGCGAGAUGAAGCUCCUCCUGGAGAGAGUGCCCGCCGUGGGCGGCUCCGGCGAAGGGCCUGAAGACCCGACGAGGGUCGCGAGGGGAAGGACAGAGACCUUCGGCGACUCAGGAGACGAGGAAGGAACGCUUCAAGUCUCUACGGCCUCUGCGUUGACGCCCGAGCAAGACACUUUUUUAGACAUUUUCUGGCUCGCGCUCGCCUCGAUCCCGGCGCCGCUCCGACUGACCUGGCUGGCGGAAUCUCGCCUCCUUCCGCAUCUCCUCUUCUUCCUGUUGCGAAGCAACGUCCUCUUCGCUCGCUCGCGUCUCGUGCCUCUUCUCCUCCAGCCUCUCUUCACCGCCUGUUGCGCGAGAUCAGCGAGACUCGACGCCGAGAGCCGCGGCGACGGGCUGCGUGAGGCGUUUCCGUCGUCGCCUGCUUCCGCCGCAGAGGCCCUGUGCGCGGCUGGGUGCCAGGCGCCGGCCGGAGACACCAAGUGCGCCUUUUCUUCGGGGAAAGCGUUCUUCCACGCCUCGCUCAUGAUCGACGCGCUUCUUGCGCUCUGGCUCCAACUCGGCGGCGGGGGUCCGCCCGCGUGGACCUGCGCUCCCCAACUCGCGCGCGCGGAGGCGCCCAGACGCGAAGAAGACAGCCAACAGCCAGACGGAGGGAGACCGGCGCAUGCGGAGACCCUCGACAAGGCGUUCAUCGGAGGCAGGUUGCCACAAGAAAGUGUGGACGCGCCUCGUGCAUCCUUCAGCGAGGCCUUCGCCGAGGCUGUCGUCGCAUGCUUCCAGGCACGGCACCAGAGUUUCGAAAACGUUCGUGCCCUUCUUCCCUUUAUCUCCUCCUGCACCUUCACAAGCUGGAGAGACAGCGAAAACGCGUCAGGCGGACAGCGCGCCGCGAGGGUGCCGUCGCCGAAGCGAGCGCCUGCUGCGUGUGGCGCUUCUCCGCCACCCGGCGUCUCGCAGGACACGGCCCCCGCUGCCGCGGGCGCGGCGCUUUUUCCACUGUAUCUGUUUCUGCUGGGCAACCCGCGAGGGCCUCGCCGGCCGCAGAGUCCGCACGCGGACGCCAGCGGCUUCGGUGCGGAAGAAGAAGAGGAAGAAGACGCGGAGGGGCGACGCGACGCGGCGGACGCCCACGAGCGGCUUCGAGUUCUUCUGCACGCGCUCGUGAACGCCGUUUUCCACUCCGCCCUCCAAGCCCUCGCCCGCCUGCGCGGGACGUGUGCUGCACCGUCGCUGCCCGUGUCGGUCAGUUUGCUCGCACUUCUGGCGCUCCUUACGUGCCCAAACUCUCGCGUCGCGGCCGUCUUCUUUUCGCGAGUCAGCGAGAUGCUCCUAGACUUCCCUCCGUUCUCUCCGUCCGGCGCUCGCCGGCUGUCUCCGUUGGCGAACGCGACGUCGCCGGCGGCCGACGGCCCUUCUCCGCGACCGUCUUCGCCUGCGGCGCCUUCGUUUGUUUCUUCACCCUCCGCGUUUGCGCCUGCAUUGGCGUCUUUGCUGCUUUCGCCGGACUUCAUCUACGAGCUGUGCGUCAGCGGCCCGCCCGCGGCGCGCGCCUUCCUCAAGUCGCGCGUGGUGCCCUUCCUGCUGCGCGUGGGCGGUUUUUUCGGCAGCCACGACGACAUCUCGACGCGCAGCGCCUUCUGCUCCGAGGCGCUCUGCGCGCUGGACUUCGUUGACCUGUGGGAUCCCGUCCUCCUUCCGCCGCUUCUCGCGCUUCCGGAGGACGCAUGCGCCUCUUCGCCAUCUUCUUCGCGGCCGCCCAGAUGGCCGGGCUCCGCGGAAGGCGGCGCCAGCGUCGCCGUUCUCGCGCGCUUCUCGGCUGCGCAGCUGCUCAGGCGCCUCUUCUCGGUGCAGGCCGCGGUGCGGAGGGACGCGGGCGAGGCGCUCCGGCUGCAGGCCCAGGGCCUCGCCUCGGCGGCGGCAGCGCUGGCGGCCUCCUCGCCCUUCUUCGCCUUCUCGCCGUCGUGCUCGCCGCCCGCCCGACGCGCCGCGGCGGCCCUCGCGGGCGCGGCGGCGGCGCGCGAGAGGGGACGUGGAGGCGAAGCAGAGCGAAAAGGCCGCCAGCGAAAUGGACCCAGAGACGCGAGGGCCCCGCGGGCCGCUUCGCGGGGCGAGGUGGGGGAGCCGGCGGAUCCUCUGGGGACCGCGGCCGCGCACUGGCGGACGCAGGGCCGCGAAGAGAUGCAGCGCCUCGUCGUGCGCGACCUCGUGUGGCGGCAGGCGGAGAUCGACGUGCUGGUGAGGGCGUUAGCCAACCCGAAACUGGAUGCCCAGACGAAGCUCCAGUCGCUCCAGGCCCUGAGUGUAUACCUCGCGUCGUGCCCCUCGGAAGGCGCCCGCUUUCUCGCCUCUCCCGAUUUCUUCACAGGGGUCGGCGCUGGAGAGACUUCGGGCGCGGCCGCGAGCGCCGCAGCCGCACGCGACGCCUCUCCGGGGCCGAACGAGCGGGACGGCGCGCGGCUGGCGGGCACCCUGCAGGGCCUGAGAGGCGCGAGCUCCCUGGCGACCACGCGCGCUGCCCUCCGCAGACUCUCUCUGGGCAGCCGCGCGCCCGACGCCGCAGGCGCGCAGGCGACGUCGGUGAUUUCCUCUGUCCAGCUGCUGCCUUCGCUGCUUUCGAUGUUUUUCGCGCUCUGCGUCGAAGCAGUGUCGGCCGUGGGCGGGACGUCUUCCAUUGUCCUCGAGCUCCUCGCAGAGGCGUUGCGUCUCUUUGGGGUCUUCCUGCUUGUCCUGCCCACGCGCGGCAGGGUGUCGCUGCAGCUGCAUGCGCACCUCGAGAGCGAGCUGGUCGCCUCAGGAAUCCUGGGCGCACUCGCGCUGUCCCCGGCGGCGGCCGCCUCCGCCGCUGUUUGCUUCCACAGCAUGCAGCUCGCCGGGCUCCUCCUCUUCUCGCCCUUUCACACCUUCCUCUUCGCCUCGCGGCUCUCCCCCCUGGAGCCCGGCCUGGCGCCCCUGCUCGCGGAGCCGCCCGCCAGCCGACUGCGGGGGGCCGCCGCACCCCUCGAGCCACGCCCCGCGACCCCCGGCGAGGCGCGGGUCUCCUCGUGGGCGUUCCCUGGGGCCUCGGCGCGGCUGGCGGCUCGGGCUCCGCCCGCGCGGGCCGCGACCGCGCAGGGCGAGGGCCGCGCGCUGCGGCUCCUCGUCCCCUGCUGGGUGACCAAGACGUAUCUCUUCCCGCUUCCUCUGAAACAGGUACAGCUCCGCUCCGCCAGCCUGUGUUUCUGGGAUGCGCGGCCGCAAAACGUCGCCUUCGAGCUCGCCGCAGACGCCUGGGCGCACGUCGGCUCUCUCCUCGCCUCAGGCGCGCUCGCUCCGGCGCCUCAUGUGUCGCGUGAACUUCCCGAAGAGACACAUGGCCGCGGGGAGAUACAGGGCGGCGGGGAGAGCCGGGAGCGAGUCGACGACGCCUGUGACGCGGCGGCAUGGGGUGUGGUGCGGGCUGGAGAUGGCAGUUCAGGAAGAGACGGGUCCAAAGACGUUUGCAGCCCCAGGAGGCAGAGCCGGCGCGAGGCCUUUCCGAUAUUCUUCGUGGAUCUUGUGGCGCAGGCGCUGGCGGGUUGUGCGCCGCGCGAAGGCGACAGAGAGACGCCAGGCGGGUGCGCCGACGAGCGAGACGACGGGAUGUCUCCGGCGGACUCGGCGCUUGCGCCUUGGGCGAUGCCGGCGCUUCUCAUGUCGCUCGCGGAGACGCAAGGCCUCGCACUCUCGAGAUCCCGGCAGGUCGCGCUCGCCCGCGAAGCGCCAUUCCUCAGCUUGAGGCUCCCCGACAGCGUGCGUGAGUUGAGCGCCCUAGCCGAGGGAGACGGCGGCGACUCCUUCGUCUCCGCUGCGAGCGCCGCAGCCGCAGGCGCCCUCCCGUCUGGCAGCUCAUGGCGGGCGACGCCGCUGCCGGUCGUGGGUCUUGCGCGCUCGAAUCUGCUCCUCACGCCCCGCGUCGCGCAGUUGCUCCUCGAGCCAGAUUCUCGGUACUUCUCUCUCUUGCUUCAGCUGGUUCGGCAGCCGCCGCCUCUGCGGACUGCGCGCUCGCUGCUGCGUGGUUUGAGCGCUGAAGAGGCGGAACGCAGCGACGACGACGGGUUCGCACGCGUCUGGCGCAACGAGGCCGAGGAGGAGAUUGCGGGGGUCUCUCACCCCGCAGACGUUCCUUUUCUCGAGGCGGUGAAGGCUGCCGACUUGCUGCUUCGCGUGCUAUCCGAAGAGGCGCUGGCCGCCGGCGGCGCCACGUGCUGCAAGGGCGACAGGGCGAGGCGCCUGGCUCUCGAGCGCGGGGGGAAGGGGACAUCUACAGAGAGGGACGCAGCAAGAAGGCGACUGAAAAGUGAGAGACUUGCGAACUGGUCGACGGGCUCUGCUCCGUGGGAUGGCGAGAACUUGCCGCCUUCUCUGCGGCUUGCCCUCGCCAGCCUCGCGGACGCGGCGGCGCAGCGCAUUCUGCCGUUUGUGGCGGACCAGGCCUCGCAACUCGCUGAGGUUCUGGAAGAGAAAGACCGACGCGCAGCUGCCCUCGCAUCCCCCCUCGCCGAUCGAGAGAGAACGGACAGAGACGCCCGCCUGAAUGGCGCCUCUGAGUCUCCUCUCCCGGGCGACGGCAAUCUCCAAGGGGAAGCAUGCGCGCCCGCCAGUCAGCCUCCAUCCUGGAGUUCGCCUGAGACUUGCCGGCGAGCGAGCGCAGCGAGCUGCGUGCGUGAGCUAGAUCUCCUUUUGGCUUGCAUCGAGUUCCUUCUCCGCUUGCUGCCUCUCGUUAUGCGCCAGAGCGUACAAUGGUGUGACGUCGGUCUCCUGCCAGCAGCUGCGGACGGGCACCUAUCGGGCCCGUUGGGCUCCUGUUUCUGCUGCUGCGUCCGCACCGUGGAUGUCCCUCGCCUCUUCGCGGACUUGUUCCGCAUCUCCGGCGACCUCUCGACUCUUCGCCGGCGGGCCUUCGACCUCGCCGAGUGCCUCUUGUUGCCCCUAAAAGCCCGCCAGCCCUCGGAGAUCCUUGGCUCUGCGCACGCCACGCAGCGCGCGCGGAAGAGACAGGCGGAGACACGCGGUCGCGCCGCCCGGGACGCGCGCGAGGACAGCGGCGACUCGGGGCUUGGUGGUCAGUGGGAGCCUCAGUCCAGAGAGUAUCUAGAGAGGGAGUUGCUUUUCCACCUGCAGACUGCAGAGACCUCGGAGCGCGCCUCAGACCUCGAGGAGACCCUUGCGGGCGCCCCACUUUCGGCGUCUCCCUCCGCACGUUUUUCAGCGUCGCUUCGUGUUGUCUCUCUGCAAGGCAAGCGACCUGUCUCCCAGGCUCUUCGGCUAGCGACAGCGGUCAUUCUGCCUCUCCCUCGCGGCGAAGGACGACCUGGAGCCCUGGUCGCCAGCCGCCGAGCCGCGUUGUCUGCGUGGGCGCACGCAGCGAGCUACUGGAUGGCUGAUAGCGCUCCCGAGGUCCGUGAAGCCGCGUGGCGUCUCCUCGCGGAUCUCUGUUCGUUUACUUCGCUGGCGCAGGACGAGGACGAGGCGCCGAGCGCCACUUCGAUUCUGGCUUCAAAGGGCGCGUCGCCGCGGUCGGAGUCUCUUGCAACUUCCCAGGCGUCUUCUGCACGUCUCGCAUCUCUUCCGCCGGAUGCGUGGCAGUCUCUGCUUGUCGCGAGCGCGGAGGCGGUGCAACGUGUGGUCGGGGAGUGCCCGCAGGACCCUGCAGCGAACCCGCCCAGGGUCCCUUCAGGGGCAACCGUGUUUGUGGAGCCCGAGGAGACAGCAGGCCUGGAGCCCAAGGCUGUCGCCGGCGCCGCCGACGAAGCGUGCACACGAGGGACAGCGCUGCCCGCGGGGUUCUGCGCGCUCUGCCCCGAGAGUCUCGCGGAGUCCGUCGCCGCGGCGCUGUUCCUUUCCACUGCAGUGGAGCUGCUAGGCUCGUAUUUUGAAUUCGAAAAGCAGCAUGCCGCGCGCACAAGCGUCAGCGCAGAAACGUUUUCAACUACGGGGAAACAUCGCAGUUUCACAGAAGAGGAUGGUGCUGGAGGGCGCCAUGCCCUCGGCCUCAUACACCCCCCGGCGGUGACCGAAUCAGAUCAGGAGAUGCGCGGCAGAGGCGAGCGAGAGCCAUUGGAGCCGGAGGAAGAAGCGGACGUCGUUGCGCUUGAGGCGUGCCUGAACGCUGUACACAGUUGGCUUUGCAGCCCGAGAUUCUUGUGUGGAGUUCUGCCGCUUUUCCUUCCGCUUGACGGCGGUAUAUCUUAUGCGCUGUCUCCUUCCCCGAGGGCCCUCUUCCCACGCCCUGCGGAGGCCAAGCUAGCCGGGAUACGCCUGUUUCGCCUCGCGCUCUCGCUGUCGCCUGCACCCGUUGUUUCUCUCCUUGCUCGUGAGCCAACUGACCCUCGCCUUUGGCUCCGGUCUCCCUCCACAGACGCGUUCACUCGCGGAGAGGGCUCGCGGCCGGCGGCGUCCCUCGAGGGCGCGGCGGGACUCGAGCGCCGGCGCUGGGGCCUGUGGGAGGCGCUUGUCGCCGCAGUCAGACCCGAUCCAGGGGACAUGAGCGACCAGGAGGCGGCGGAGGGCGCGCUUCGGAACGCAGGGAGCGGCAGCCUCAAGGGGCACGAGGCGUGUGCGGCGGGGUCGCGCUCCGUUGCUGCCGGCCUCGAGGCAUUGGAAUCGAUCCUCGAAGCGGGCGCGAAAGACCGCGACAGUUUUCAGCUCAUUUGUGCGGAGUCGCCGCUGCUUCUGCACGCUCGCAUGCUGGUUGAAGGCGUCCUCAGACGUGGAUUUUCCAUCCUGACCGACCAUGGCAACGGCGCCUGCUGCUGUGUGGCUGUCGAGAGACACGAGAGAGCCCGGCGAAACGGGAUAUCCUGCGGCGCCACGGGCAGGCACAGAGCGAGGCCCUCCGCCGGGGGCAGACCGGCGUCUUCGGCGUACCCUUUGUCUCGCAUUUUGCAUGCGUCAGCUCCUGGGCGCUGCAUGCUGGCGGCGCGCCGGGCUCGAGAGACAACCGAGUUGCUCGCGCAGGUCGGAUUCCUCGUCGAGCUACUUCUCAGACUGUUUCGCCUUCUCCAUCCCCAGGCGCUCGACUCGCUCCCGCCCGCUGCCGCGGCCGUAUUCGAGCGGAGAUGCGCCGACCGUGUCCCCGUCCCGCGCCCUGCCGUCCCCUUGGAGCCCUGGGCCGUCGGAGGGCGGCAAGGGCCCGUCUCGAGGCGCGAGGCUGCAGGCGUCGCGCAGGAAGUUGCGUGGCGAGAGUUAUGGAGCGCCGACGCGCUUUGGCUCUUUAUUCUUUACUGUAUCCAGGUAGGCACCGUAGCUGGCGAAUCGAGAGACGAUGUAUCCACUCGAAAGAGCGCUCUCUAA